AUGGCACAAAUGGGACUGGCAUCGAUGGGGACACGUCUGAAUCGCACCCCUGCUGAGAUAGAGAAGGGAGAUAAUGUUCUUUUUGAAGAGGCCAACGGAAGCGACCGGUCUACUGAUGGCGAGUUUACCUGGACGCCCGAGGAAGAGAAGAAGGUCCGACGCAAACUGGAUCGAGUGAUCGUGCCGCUCACUACCUUUCUAUAUCUGCUAUGCUUUCUUGAUCGUGUAAACGUUGGAAAUGCACGCAUUCAGGGUAUGGCCGAGGACUUGAACCUCGUGGGUGUCCGCUUCAACUGGGUGACUUCGAUAUUCUACAUUGUUUACAUGUUUGUCGAAGUACCCAGCAACAUUCUUCUGAAGAAACUCGGUCCAAAGUACUAUUUGCCGCUUCUUGUGUGCGGAUUUGGCAUGGUAUCACUCUGCAGCGCUUUUGUGCAUAACUUUGGAGGAUUGCUAGUUGCAAGAGCUUUUCUAGGGGUCUUUGAAGGCGGUGUAAUGCCUGGACUUGCAUUCUUCAUCACAUGCUUUUACAAGCGCAACGAGCUCCUGUUCCGCAUCGGUAUUUACGUUUCUGCAGCCUCCAUGGCUGGAGCUUUUGGUGGACUACUCGCCACUGUUCUUGCUCGCAUUCCGCCAUGGGGAGCUUCGGGCAUGAUCAUCCAUACCUGGCGUAAUAUCUUUUUCUUCGAGGGACUUUUUACCGUACUCGUCGGCCUUGGAGCGCCCUUCCUCAUGCCUCGCAGCCCACAAGAAUGCUGGUUCUUAAACGAGCGCGAGCGGAUGAUUGCUACCCAGCGACUUGUGCUAAAGAGUGGAGCCGAUGAGAAUGAGAAGACGGAAGUCCACCAUGUGAAGAGGGCUGUGAUGAACAUCACAAACUACUUCUGCGCCUUUGGCUUCUUCUUUAUCAACAUCACUGUGCAGGGUAUCUCUCUAUUCAUGCCCACUAUUCUCAGGGAUCUUGGUUGGACGGCCACGAAGUCUCAGCUUUAUUCAGUACCUCCCUAUGUAUGCGCGUGCCUGAUUGCCAUUGCAGUGGCCUUCGUCUCGGACAAGACCAACCGCCGUGGUAUCUACCUCGCCAUUUUUACGCUCCCGGCUAUUGCGGGCUUCUCUAUUAUGCGAUGGGCUACCGACCCGAACGUCAGAUACGGUGGUAUUUUCCUUAUCACUAUUGGCGCGUUUCCAGGUGGUCCUGGUUUCCUCGCGUGGGCGGCAAACAAUGCAGCAGGUCCUGCUGUCCGCUCAGUCUCGACUGCUUACGUGGUCACGCUUGGUACCGCUGGAGGUAUUCUUGCGACCUGGACGUAUACCAGUCAGGAUGCACCAAGGUAUCCGACAGGUCAUACUAUCAACUUGGCUGGUCAGAUCUGCGUGUGCCUUCUCGCGACUUUCGGAAUCUUUUAUUGCAAGUGGGAGAACAAGCAACGCGACCUGGGCAAGCGAGACCACCGUCUGGUUGGCAAAACCGCUGCUCAGAUCAAGGACCUCGGAUACAGACACCCUGAGUUCCGCUACAUGCACUAG